AUUAUCCCUUAAUCACGCAGGGUCUAGGUGUGCAUUUUUGGAUUUGCCGACUCAGGAAAGCUCGAGAUAGCAUUAAAGGCCAAUGACACAUUCUGCAGCUGCACUUAGGUUGCUGCUCCUCUGAGCAAGAACUCUUGCUUGACCCAUAGUUGAAAAAAUGGCAAGAAGAAAUGUCCUUAUUACAGGUUGUUCCUCAGGAAUUGGAUUGGCCUUAGCUGUAAAAAUGGCAAAAGAUGAACAGGAAAGAUUUAAAGGUAACAACAUUUCUGUUAUUUAUGUUUAUUAAAAAAUACAUAUAUCUUUCAAUGCAAUAGUUUUGGUUUUUGUUCCCUGUUACUUAACACAUUACAGGUAUUCAAUCUGACUCUUUUCUUCUCAGUUUCCCCUUUCUAUCAUCAAGGAAAUACAGUGCAGUUAAAAUAUGCCACUUCUUGUAAGCAAACAACUUGAAAAAAGCUUGAACACCUGCAUCAACUGAACAGAUCUCUCUCUCUCUCUCUCUCUCUCUCUCUCUCUCUCUCUAAUGCUUGUAGUUAGCUUCAUCUCUGGCUACUAAAAAAUUUGUUGAAUGAAAUGUUUAUGUCAAUUUGAAGGCCAAAGAAAUUCUUUUAGAAGAAAUGAAUAAUAAUCUUGUAGUUAUUUUCCCUGAUGUAUUUGAUUAUUCUAACCCCAUGCACCUAUAAGAGGGUGAACAGAAGAAAUGGGAUAUUUGCUGUGACUGAAAAUGAUUGGCAAGGUAAAUAUAUCAGCCUGCAGGAAAUCAGUUUCUCAUUCUUACAGCAUUUUACUGCAAGGGGGCUGGUUGCAGAUACAUAGUUUUAUGGAUAAUUAUGGUACAGUAACAAAACUAGAUGAUUAUUAUGGUACUUUUCAACCCAGGCCAUUCUAUGAUUUAUGUGGGGAAGUUGCCUGCAUAAAUGAGCAUUUUUACAGCUGGAGGAAGCAGCUAUCGUUUUUAAUAGCUCUUUUUGUUAGCUAGCAUGUGAUUAACACAGACAAAAAGCAUAUGUGGACUAUAAUAUCAUGUUUGGAGUAUUAAAAAUGACUCAGCAGCCUGGCUUGGUAUUAUGCUUGUGUGUUUUAGUUUGUGCAUAGUGGUUUAAUUCUCGUUUUUAGUUUUUUGAAGGUUUCAGAACCAGAUUCUGGUUCUGGGAAUUAGCGCUAUUUUAUGUUGAAAAUCGGAUCUUCCUACUUCAAGUUUUUAUCUAGAUUCUAUUACUGACAUUUAAGAUACAGAUGAAAAAAUAUUCUUUACACUGCCACAGGAAGGGUUUUAGUUCUGAUCGACUGUGGCUUCUGGUUUGCUGCAGUGUAUGCCACAAUGCGGAAUCUGGCCAAGAAAGAUGCACUUGAGGAAGCUGCAGGUCAUAAUCUGGGCAAAACCUUGGAAAUUAAGCAACUGGAUGUCUGUGAUGAACAGUCCAUUAAAACCUGUGUGAACAGUAUCCCUGACAGAAGGAUUGAUGUCCUAGGCAACAAUGCUGGAAUGGGGCUCAUCGGACCAAUUGAAUGUCAGACUAUUGAUGAAAUGAAAACUGUGAUGGAUACCAACUUCUUCGGACUGGUUCGACUCCUAAAGGAGAUUUUGCCUGACAUGAAGAAGAGAAAGAGCGGCCAUAUAGUUAUAAUAAGCAGUGUUAUGGGAAUACAAGGUAUUUUAUUUAAUGAUGUUUAUGCUGCAUCUAAGUUUGCAGUGGAAGGAUUCUGCGAAAGUUUAGCUAUACAAGCACUCAAGUUCAAGCUGCAGUUAAGUCUGAUUGAACCGGGUCCAGUGGUUACAGAAUUUGAAAGAAAAGUGUUUGAAGAUGGAAUGAAAAUGGAUCUUUCAGCUGCAGAUGAGGAAACAGCUGACAUGUUUACUAAUAUUUACCUUAAAAAUUACAAACAAAUUUUUCAGAGCCUUGGACAAAGUGCUGAGGAAGUUGCAGAGCAUACAGUAAAGAUAAUACUUGCAGAAAAUCCACCUUUUCGCCAUCAGACAAAUGCCUUGUAUACGCCUAUGACAACACUGAAAUAUGCAGAUCCAAAUGGAGAUCUACCCAUCGAUAUAUUCUACAAAAUGGUUUUUCAUCAUGACAAAAUCUUCAGUGCAAGUCUUAACUUCAUCAAAUUGCUGAGGUGGAGAAGCAGAAAAAGCUUUGACCUGGGAAAAUCCUCAUCACAAUGAGAUUAUACAAGCUGGAAUAUUAGUUACAGCUGCUGCUAACACCAUGUUGUUGUUUGUUCUGUAACUGUAUAAAGGCAUUCAAGAUCUUUGAGCUUACAUAAGAUAAUCACCUCAGUUUAUGUUUAUCUUUAGUCUGCAGGACGUUGCAAUUAAAACCCUCUAUCUACAGGUUUAGUCCAUCUUAGCAACUGCUAUUUAGAGUUCUCUUUUUGUGGAAAGAUAAACAUUAACUUAAAUUCUUAAGUAUUUACUAUCAGUCUGCUUCCCUUCAACUAUAACCUAACACGCACUGAGAUGUGUACUGUAUUAGAAGGCUAUUAAGAAUUUAUAUUUGAUAUAUGAAAAGUGUCAUUGAUCUUGAAGAGCAACAACUAGAGUAUUCAUUAUUUCUAUUGAAGCUAAGGUAUUCUGAAUGCUUCCUUUAGAUGCUCUGACAAAUGUAUUAGAGGAGUGUUUUUUUGUUUUGUUCCGUUUUGUUUUUAACAAAUCACCUCUUAACACCUUGCUGUCUUCCCAGUAGUUUGGUAGUUUUGGUUUUUUGUUUGUUUUUAACAGAAGUAACUAUUUUACUGAAAGGAGACAAGGGCUUUUUAUUGCUGAUAAUUUUUACGUGGAAAAAAAUUGCAAAUUCCUUAGAAUUCACCUUUAAAAUAAAUAAAAAUGCAAGUCAAUACAGCAGAAGCAGCUGAAGGUGUAGCACGGGCUUUUCUUCGCCCAACUUUCCUACUCUGCAUUUACUCAGCUGCAGUUCUAACAUAAAGAGAGCCUUUCCUCUUCAUUCGCCAAGGACCCGUGCUUCCCCAGGGCUGCUCCCCAGUUUCACAUCACUCUCUGACGUCAGCCCUGCCUAGGGCUAGAGGCUCGUGCUGGAGGCUCGUGCCCUCGGCAGGAGGCACCCAGCACGUUCACACUGAGGCUGGGCCGUGCCUCGGGCGUCGGCUCUCUCUCUCCGUCAGCACACUCCGCUGUAAUUCUCCUUUCGUGCCCGGACUGGCAGCAGCCCGGCCCCACCUCUCCCCACAGGUGUGGACUGAGCCCAGCGGCAGCCCCGGCGCAGGCGGUGGCUGUGGUAAUGCAGCGUGUUUCACACCCAGCCGCGAACUCCCCAAAGUGCCCGAACUGCCCCGUGCCGUCUGAGCGUGGUUUGGAGUGCUGCGCUAGGAGCCCCACGGGCAUCUCGCUCACGCCUCAGUCUGUCAUCACGGGGCCCAGUGGGGCUCAGAGCAGAAUCCUAGAAUCAUUAAGGGUGGAGAAGACCACAAAGAAGCCGAAGUCCGACCAUGCCCGCUCGCCACGUCCCUCAGUGCCACAUCUGCAUGU